CUGAUAAACAAGCCUACAUUUAAGGGUGUAACGCAAUACAAUGAAAACUUGUAUGCGGUACACCUCCACAAGGCAGUUUUAACUUUUGAUAAGCCUAUUUAUGUAGGAUUUACUGUCUUGGAAAUCUCCAAGACUUUAAUGUAUAAUUUUCAUUACAAUGUAAUGAAAAAAUACUAUGGAUGUGACAUAGAACUGUUAUACAUGGAUACAGAUUCUCUAAUGUAUUUAAUUAAGACAGAUGACUUUUACCAUGACAUGCUAACCAAACCAGGUUUUCUGGAAAAAUUGGAUACAUCUAAUUUCCCGCCAUCUCAUCCGUGUUAUAGAACCGAGAGAAAAAAAGUUCCCGGAACUUUCACAGAUGAGACUGGAGGUGAAAUAAUCUCGGAACAAGUGGCUCUAAAACCAAAAUCGUAUGGUUACAUACAGGUUGGACAUGAACAUAUUAAAGCUAAGGGCGUUGCUUACCAUGUAAUAAAGAACCAUAUGACAUUUGAGGAUCAUAUGGAUUGUUUAUUCCAAGGUAUCAAUGGAAAAGAUCCUGCUGCAUUCAAUCCAUACCGUACGAUGAACUCAUUCCGUUCUUAUAAACAUAAUAUUAAAACCAUUUCAACCCUCAAGCUAGCGUUAAAUCGACAUGACGACAAGAGAGUUGUAUUACCUGACCGUAUACAUACUUUACCUUAUGGACAUUAUAAACUAAUGGAGAUGGCUGAAGAAGAAGAAGAAGAUGAAGAAGAAGAAGAAGAAGAACUAUAAUUUCCAAUUUAUUAUUAAGUUU